ACAGAGACUAUAAAAAUCUCUAUGUUUUGAAGUCUCAAAUAUAACGUUUUAUUCUUUUACAUUUUACUAAUUAAAAAUGGAACUGGAACUUCAGACCUCCAAAGAAAACCCAACAAAGAUCAUAAAAUAAGUUUGGAUAAUGAUGCUGUGAUUUGGUUGAAAGGGGGAUAUAACCAACUUACACACGAUUAAACAAUCAACCAAAGUAUAUUUAUAUUGAAAUAAUAAAAAUUGAAGAUACUAUUAAUGUGGAUCGUGAGUUUUAAAACAUUUACUGCCAUUGGAUGUUGAAGAGAAACUGCCGCAGUUGUGUCUACGGUGGCUGUCGUGGGUCAAGCGCAGUCAGCUCUGAACGUUUCACUUCAUCUGUGAUGAUGGUGUGGGAACGGGGCGGCUAGCUGGUCUAGCUCGAGUUUAGCGAUGGAGGAAAGUGGCGGUAAAAAAGUUUGUUUUAUCGAUUAAACAUCCACAUGGUUUAUACCGAACAGCAGCUGUUGGUUCUCAUGUGUUCGCAGAAAACUGUUAGCGGCGGAAUUAGCAUUUGACAGGCUAGGCUAAUUUAUGCUACUGGUUUCUAUACAGGCUAGGCUAUGCUAGGCUAAUUGGAGCGGCUAUCUGUACAGAGUAUGCUAGGCUAGGCUAAUUGGAGCGGCUAUCUGUACAGAGUAUGCUAGGCUAGGCUAAUUGCGGGUUCGGGUUUCUGUGCAGAAUAAAAAUGGCUUCAAACUCCUCUCUCUCUUGGAUUAUUUUCUGAUCUCCUACCGCUUCUUCCUCGGUCGCUGCUGGGCGGAAGGUGCUUCUCGCCGGGAUAAAUCAAGCUAAAGUCGCCCGUCUAUCUCGGGCCUGGGAUGGAACCAGGCGACUUGCGAGAAAGCCCCGCCGGCUCCGGGGAGUCGGAUGCGGGGGGCUGGAGGGAGGUUAUUCCCGGCGGUGAGGGGGAGGAUUUGGACUCGAAUGCUACCAAACUGAGCGGGACAAAAGUAGAAAAUGCGAUCAGAGACGCCUGUGACGAAGGCGACAGUGACAGAGGCGGCGGAGAGCAGCUGCACAGCCCCUAUGAGGAGGAGCUGGACCCCCGGAUUCAGGAGGAGCUGGAGCAUCUAAACGAAGCCAGCGCAGAAAUCAACAAACUGGAGCUGGAGCUGGAUGAUGCCAGGUCAGCGUACAGAAAGAUCCUCACUGAGUCUGCCAGGAAGCUGAACGCCCAGAGCUCUCAGCUCGGCGGCUGCAUCGAGAAAGCCAGGCCGUACUACGAAGCCCGCCGCCUCGCUAAGGAGGCGCAGCAGGAGACGCAGAAGGCGGCGCUGAGUUAUGAGCGCGCCGUUUCCAUGCACACGGCUGCCAGGGAGAUGGUUUACGUGGCGGAGCAGGGCCUGAUGGCUGACGGCAAGAACACGCUGGACCCCACCUGGCAGGAGAUGCUCAACCACGCCACCUCCAAGGUGAACGAAGCCGAGGAGGAACGGAUCCGCAGCGAGCGGGAACACAUGCGCGUCACACACGCCUGCCAGGAGGCCGAGGCCCGGGUCCAGACCCUGCAGAAGUCCCUGAAGCGGGUCAUCGUCAAGUCCAAGCCCUACUUCGAGCUCAAGUCCCAACUCAACCACAUCCUGGAGGAUCAUAAGACGAAGGUCCUACAGCUGGAGCACAAUGUCUCCAAGGUGAAGACUCGUUACUCCGUCGCUCUGAGGAACCUGGAGCAGAUCAGUGAACAGAUCCACGCCCAGAGGGGUCGCGACCCGCCCGACUGCCCCACCCGCAGCCCGCCCGUCGGCGCCGAGUCCGAGGCCCGCGUCCGGGAGGACGAUGAGGCCUGCGGAGCCGCCGCCAAGGAGCGUCUGGAUGGCGGCUUGGACCUGGCGGAGCGGGAGCGGGCCGGGUCCGACUCGCUGUCCGUCUUCAGCCUGCAGACCAUCGCCUCGGACUUGGAGAAGUACGACUCGGUGGAGCACCUGGGCGACCUGAGCGACGUGGGCAGCAUGACUGGAGACGAGGCGGAGCGGGACCGGGCCAGGACACGGGACCCUGUGGCACCGAGCGGCGCCAGGGAGCGCCAGCAGAACUUCUCCAAGCAGCACCACCGCAGCUUCAGUCUGUGAGCCGGGACUAGAUCAGGAGCCGGGACCGGGAUGGAAAACAAACCAGAACGAGCUUUAACCGACCCGAUUAACCCUGCAGCCUCAGUAGAACCUCAGUAGAACCCGGUUUACCCGGCAGCCUCAGUAGAACACUACAGCAGAACCUUUCAGAUGGUCUAGCAUGACGAAACCAUCAGAACCUUACAAUCCCUGUUUGUUUUAUUUUCCCAGAUUCUGGUCCGGUCCAGUGCGGUCCGGUCCAGUGCGGUCCGGUCGGACCUGUGGAGGCGCCGUGUCCUCCGAGUCCUGGCAGGCCGAAAGCUAACCGGGUCACCCGGACCCGGCAGAGCCUGGCACUGGACUGAAAGGCUUGGUUCUGUCUGCAGCUGCAGGAGCGUGUUUUGAUCGGUCCUGAGGUUCCGGUCCAGGUUUUAGAAUCAACCUUUUAUUUAAAUGAUGUGAAGUCAGAUUUGUGUUAUUUAAAAUAUUGUUUACAUGGAUUUUUGUUUGCCUUACAAACAAAAGAAGCUCCUGUUGUGACUUGAUGUGUGCCUUGACACUUUAACGCUUCUGGUUCCAACUAAUCAGAACUUUUAUGUUCCAGACAAAAGUUUUUAUUUGACGACUGAAACGUCUAAAAAAUUGAAGUGGAACAACCUGUAAAUGUUUGUAAUUAUUCAGAUGGAGAAUAUUUAAAUGUGUUUGAUGAUGAUCAUCUGUAAAUGUGACUCUGCUUCCUGAUUUAUGCAUCAAUAAAUCUCAUCUUUGACUCCUGAA